AUGGCUUGGCACAAAGGCAAGCGCGAGAGAGAGACAGAGGAUAAAGAGACAGACAGACAAAGAAGCGAAGAGCAGAGCAGAGCAGAGCAGAGACAAGGCAAGGCGAGAGAGACAGAGGAGAGAGCAGUGGCAAGGGCGAUGGCGAGGCGCAGAGGCGAGCGCGAGAGAGAGACAGAGGAGAGCAGAGCAGAGGCGAGCCGGAAUCUCCUGGGAAUUGGUUUCCGUCUUCUUCCUCUACAUCUCGCUCCUUUAAAGCGGCUCCUCCUCUCGAGCAAAAGGAUAUCGAAAGAAGAAACGGAAGCCGCAAAAGGCACCCAACAAUUAACGAAGAAGCCCGCGUGCACAAAGAUGUCUUCUCAGGCUGCUUAUCUCCUUCCGGUCGGAUUCUCCGGAGACCGUAUUGCUGUAUCGUCUGCCGCCAAACAUUCAAAAACUUUCUUGGGCAUUUGCUGGGUCGGGCCCAAACAUGAACAGUCUAAUCUGGGCGUACGUCUGCAAUGCAAAGCUGUGUACAGACCUAGUACAGAAAAGCGCAGAGAUGUUCUCCAAAACGAUCUGCCAGUGAUAAACUGGAACCCGAUUUUGGAGGACGAUGACGUACAAGUAGAAUCACCUCUCGACGAUGACCAGGUGUCGGCGUCGAAGAGAAUUAAGGAACUUGUCGGUUCUGUGAAAUCAACGUUGGAUUCCAUGGAAGACGGAGAGAUAAGCGCAUCGGCUUAUGACACUGCUUGGGUUGCCUUAGUUGAAGACAUCAAUGGCGGUGGCGGCCCUCAGUUCCCCGCCAGCCUUCAAUGGAUUGCAAAUAAUCAGAUGCCCGAUGGGUCAUGGGGCGACCCGUUCAUAUUCCAAGCCCACGAUCGGAUCCUCAACACCUUGGCCUGCGUGAUCGCCUUAAGAUCAUGGAACGUUCAUCCACGCAAAUCCCAGAAAGGAGUGUUAUUUCUCAAAGAGAAUAUAUGUAAACUUGAAGAUGAGACCGCCGAGCACAUGCCCAUUGGCUUCGAAGUGGCUUUUCCUUCGCUGAUUGAAAUGGCUAGAAAGCUGGGAAUUGAAGUUCCAGAGGAUUCUCCAGUGUUGCAAGAGAUCUACGCCAGAAAAAAUCUAAAACUCACAAGAAUCCCCAAGGACAUAAUGCAGACAGUGCCCACAACGCUACUCCAUAGCUUGGAGGGAAUGGCAGGCCUGGAAUGGGAAAAGCUUCUCAAGCUGCAGAGCCCAGAUGGGUCUUUCUUGUUCUCCCCCUCUUCCACUGCGUUUGCCCUCAUCCACACUAAAGACCACAAUUGCUUCACUUAUCUAAGCAAGAUUGUCGACUACUUCAAUGGCGCAGCUCCCAAUGUGUACCCGGUCGACCUCUUCGAGCGCAUUUGGGCCGUCGAUCGCCUCGAGCGCCUUGGAAUUUCGCGGUUUUUCCAGCCCCAGGUUAAAAAACUUCUUGAUUAUGUCCACAGAUACUGGACGGAAGAAGGGAUCUGCUGGGCAAGGAAUUCUCUGGUUCAUGAUAUCGACGACACGGCCAUGGGUUUUCGGCUUUUGAGAUUACACGGCCACCAUGUUUCUGCAGAUGUGUUUCGGAAUUUUGAGAAGGGCGGAGAGUUCUUCUGCUUCGCGGGGCAGUCGACGCAGGCAGUGACUGGGAUGUUCAAUCUCUAUAGAGCUUCACAAGUUGUAUUCCCAGGAGAGAAGAUUCUGGAGGAUGCCAAGAAAUUUUCAUGCAAAUUCCUGAGAAACAAACAAGCUAGCCGCGAGAUUCUAGAUAAAUGGAUAAUAACCAAGGACCUACCUGGCGAGGUGGAGUAUGCGCUCCAAGUGCCAUGGUAUGCCAGCUUGCCUCGUAUGGAGACACGGUUCUAUUUGGAGCAAUACGGCGGCGAAAAUGACGUCUGGAUCGGGAAAACCUUGUACAGGAUGUCGUACGUUAACAACGACGCCUAUCUGGAGCUUGCGAAAUUGGAUUACGAUAAUUGCCAGGCGAUGCAUCAGCUUGAAUGGGACAGCAUGCAGAAGUGGUAUAAAGAAUGGAAUGUUGCUGGCGAAUGUGGGUUGAGCCGAAGAAGACUGCUUUUGGCUUAUUACUUGGCGGCGGCUUCUAUAUUUGAGCCAGAGAGGUCAAAGGAGCGACUUGCAUGGGCCAAAACGACGGCGUUAGUGGAGGCAAUCGGGUGUUAUUUUGGGGAAGAAGGAAGCUCCAGUUACGAGCGGACGAGAAGCAGCUUCCUUCGUCAGUUCACAAGUGAGGUUGAUCGUCAUCAUCACCUUCCACGCGUAACCAUUAUUAAUGGCAUUGGCAGACGCCAGAAAAUUGCAGGAGCAGCAGUAGCAGCAGGCCAACAACUGGGGCUGGUCGGCGCACUGCUCGGAACCCUAAACCAGAUCUCAUUGGACGCUCCGGUGGCGCACGCUAGAGACAUCCGCCGCCGCCUCCGCCACGCUUGGGAGACGUGGAUGGUGAGCGGGAGAAGGGAGGCAGAGCUCCUAGUGCGCACGAUAACUUUGUGCGGCGGCCGGUGGGAGCCUGAGGAGGUAUCGCAGGCGUUGUCUUGUGCGCAGUGCCAGCGGCUCUCCGACCUCACCAAUGGAGUCUGUUACCGCCUUCGUCGUCUUCAACAAGGCCAACUCCCCAACCAGGUGCACGAUAAGGAUAAAUGCGACCCAAUCAUGCAGAUCGAAUCGGACAUGCAGGAACUGGUGCAGAUGGUGAUCUGCCCGUCAUCGGACGGUGUGGACGGUUGGAUCAAGCAAACGUUUCUCACAGUAGCCAAGGCUUUCUACUACACAGCCCACUGUACCCCUCGGGCCAUUGAUUCUCACAUUUCCAAAGUACUCUUCGAGAGAGUAAUUUAAUUCUUAAAUUAAACAUUAAUUGCAUCCCAAGUUAUUUGCUACAGUUGCAACCAUUGGGCUUAUAAUUCUUGUACAUUAAUUACGUGCCACUGUACAAAAUUUACAUCAAGGAACAAACUAGUGAAAUUAUAGUUACUAAUU